CACCGUUUUCAGAGGGGGAAAAUGCCAAAAAUUUUAUCAACAUGAAAGCCAAUGAAAAAUUGCAAACCGUGUGUUUUAGCGCUGGCAGCUCUAAACUGCCGCUAUCUCAAACCUGCUCGCCCUUUAGUCUCUUGCUCGGCUCAACCUUCACAGAAGAACGUAAAGCUGAGGAGAUAGGAAGAGCGGCCGUAAUUGCUAUCACCAAGGCCAGAGGAAUGGAGUUAGCAGGUGCUGUGGAUACCCUUUUCGUCGGUGAAGAUAUCGGCAAGGUCUCUUAACGUUAUCACCUCAUUCUACGUGUCGAACUCGGGUUUUACUUAGGCUCAAUCUCUCAGGCUAAAGAAACGGGAGUUGUCGUUGAUUUUACCGACCCGUCAACGGUCUAUGAAAAUGUGAAACAGGCAACAAUAUUUGGAAUGAAGAGUGUAGUAUGCAUACCUCGGAUUAAGCCAGAGACAGUGUCAGCAUUAUCUGCAUUAUGUGAGAAGGCAACCAUGGGUUGCCUGGUGGCACCAACUCUAUCCAUAGGAUCUAUACUUCUGCAGCAGGCUGUUAUAAUGGCUUCCUUCCACUACAACAAUGUAGAACUUGUGGAGUCAAGGGAAAAUGCAUCCGAUCUUCCUUCUCCAGAUGCUAUUCAAAUUGCCAACAACAUUUCAAACUUCGGUCAGAUCUCCAAUAGGGAAGAUAUCGUGGCCGAUGUACAGGCAAGGGGUCAAGUAGUAGGAGAAGAUGGGGUCCGUGUUCAUAGCAUGGUUCUUCCAGGACUACUACCAUCGAGAACCACAGUUUACUUCUCGAGUCCAGGAGAUGUUUACACUGUCAAACAUGACAUAACGGAUGUAAGGUCCCUAAUGCCAGGCCUACUCCUUGCUAUCAGAAAGGUUGUGCGUCUUAAGAAUUUGGUAUAUGGCCUGGAGAAGUUUCUUUAGGAACUUGUUGUCAAUCUUCAAGAUACAGAUAAAAAAUUACACCACAUAUGAUCCUGCUAGCCAUGAAGGAAAAAGGAGAUAAGAAACGAAAUGUUUGGUGAUCUUUGGAGACUUCAACAAGAUAUGAUGAUACAAAGCAUUUACUCUAUAAGAUUUGACCUCAAAGACUAGCCACAUUGCUGACGAAUUCGCAGCCCGGAUAAUAAUAUGCAGGUGUGAUAAUAUUUUAUAAUAAAUAAAAGAUUUUAUGGCAAAUUUCACUUGAGCUUUACAUUUGUAUAUUGCUGCAUAUUCCAAAACCAUAGAUAGCAAAAUCCAAAAGUCA